UCGAGGGAGGAGGGGUCCUGACUGCUGCAAUGGGGGGUGUGGCCUCUCGCAUGGAGAGGGCGGAGCCUGGUGAGGGGGAGGAGUCAGAGCGGGAGUUCGCCGAGCCGCUGUGUGCUCUCGUUCAGAACUGCACCAUGCUGCAUGGACUCGCAGGUCCAGCCUGCAUCUUCCUGCGGCGCGGCUUCGGUCAGGCACAGCUCGUACUUGUGUUUGGUGUUUCAGAGCUGAAGGAGGCGUUUAAGGAGUUUGAUAGGAACUGCAAGGGCUUCGUGAGCUGUAAGGACCUGGGGGAGUGCAUGAGGACCAUGGGAUACAUGCCCACUGAGAUGGAGCUGAUCGAGCUGAGCCAGCAGAUCGGUGGCGGGAAGGUAGAUUUUGAUGACUUUGUGGAGCUGAUGGGCCCCAAGAUGCUGGCAGAGACAGCGGACAUGAUCGGGAUGAAGGAGCUGAGGGACGCCUUCAGAGAGUUCGACUCUAACAGAGACGGUCAGAUCAGCACAGCGGAGCUCAAAGAAGCCAUGAAGAAGCUAAUGGGGCAGCAACUGAACACCCGAGAGAUCGACGAGAUCGUGAAGGACGUGGAUCUGAACGGAGAUGGGCUGGUCGACUUCGAGGAGUUUGUCCGCAUCUAG